GCGCCCGGAGCGCGCCCGGCGGUGGAAGUUGUUCGCGCAGUUAUAAUUAGCCCGGCCGGGGUCUGAGCGAGCCGGGCGGAGGAAGGGGGAGGAGUGUAACUUUUCGCAGCUCGGGAAGCCCAAGGUUGUCUCUGGUUACCGCUGCCCACGGCCGCGGAGGGGGGGCGGGACGCCCGCAGGAAGCACCGACGCUCCUUCCACAAAGGCCAAAUGGUGGCAGGAGCCGCGGGAGGGCGGCAGGAAAGGGCUUUCCCUGAAUCCCAGCGGUUCCAUCCUGGUACUACUGGUCGCUGCCGCUUGGUAGUUGCGACUUACGUGUGAGCUGCAGUUACAUCUUUAAUAGUAGGUUUUGUUCGGCGUAGUAAGCUUGUGUUAGUCUGGGCUACGAGCAGGUGGAUAGGACUGGAGGAGCAUUGGGCUUUAUGCAUAUUGCAGAUUAAACUCGCAAAUAGAUGCAGUUAAUAAUUUCUGCCCUAGUUAGGCCUGGAAUUUUUCAAACUGUGUUGGAAUGCUCGUUUCUGUGUAGUAGUUUUCCACUUAAUUUUUGAUGUGGCUAAAAUUCCAUCGUUCAGGCAGCUAACUGCAAUGUGGGAAAUACCAUUAACAUUGAAAUGAUGCUAUAAUCUCAAAAUUCUAAAGUGACCCCUAAACAUGUACUGCUAAGAAGGGAGGACAAAAAGUAAUCCACUAGAGAUAUCAUUCGUAGGGGUUUGCAGCUAUUCUGUGUCUUCUAUUGUUUUGGUUUUUUUUUUUCUAGCAGAUUGUAAAAACUAAACCUAAUAAUCUUGGUUCUGUACUUCUUCCUGACACUCAACCCAGUGUGAAAUCAUACAGGGCAAAAGUCAAAACCUCCACAGUUUUCUCUGCAGGAAUCCUUUGAAGUAUCUAAUACAGAAAUUAAAUUUGAAAACUUCUUGACUUCAUCUCCUUCUAGCAAAAUAUUGGACUUCUAAAACACAAGUAACAGUACUGUUUUUUUUUAUCUAGUGCUUCUAAUUUUGUUGGGUUUGGGGUGUUUUAGCUAAGGCGCUAAAAUCUAAAAUUUUUCAACAUUUUACUAUGCUUGUUAGCUUUGUGAAGUUGUUUUAGAGUUAAAGAAUCCUAAAAUUCUAAAGCACUUGUUUUUAUAUUCAGUGUAUAGAGAAUGCACUGACUGCACACCUCUCCCUGUGACCUAACGAGUACACUUGAUUGAACCACAGUAGUGACCAUCUGAAGUGCUGCUGUUUCAGAACAAAUAGUUCCGAGGUUCUGUAAGCGGAGGAGCCCUUUGGUAGCAUCAGGCUAUGAGUUGCUAUGUAAGAUGAACUGUAGGCGUUUACUUGCCCGUCUGUCUGAAUUCGCAUCAUCCUACCUCGGUGGAUGUCUUGGCCUCUGGGAUAGUUCAAGACUCUUGGAUGACCACACUUUAUGCAAAAUCCAGAAUCUUCCUGCCUGGACUCCUUUCUGUUUUCUAAGGGUUCAUGUUGGGGAGAGGCCUAAAGCGCAAGCUGAGUGACUAUGAGGAGAACAUGGCUGGUCUCUCGAGUGCCUUUGAUUCCAGUCGAAGUCUGCCCUACCCGCUCAAGAGGCAGCUGGUGCUCAACAUGUGCCUCACCAAGUUACAGACGUACAAAAUGCUGGUGGAGCCCAACCUGCACCGCUCCGUCCUCAUCGCCAACACCGUGCGGCAGAUCCAGGAGGAGAUGAGGCAAGAGAGCAACCAGCAGCCAGUGAAUAUCUGCCCUGGCAUUGCUCCUGCUUCUCACAGCUACACAGGGAUGGAGUCACCUGGGAUUUCCCUUCAGUUGCCUUCAGGUGUUGGUCAGCAGGAGUCUCACUGCUGUGACCUGCGGUCUGUAGAAGACCCGAUUGAAAACAGCCUGCUGAUCGUUUCAGACGACGACAUGUCAUCUGCUAUUUCGUCUAUUCUGAAGGAUUUAGACUUUGUAGAAGAUAUAAGCCCACCUACUUGUCUGGUUCCUACUGGAGAUGACCAGCCAAAGUUUCCAGAAAAUACUGGUCUGAAACUAGAAGAUGAUAGACAGGAUUUGAAGGGAGCUGAAUGUGUGUUUGGUUCCUUUGAGAUUUCAAAUUCAACCAGUUACUUGAAGGAUUUGGCAAUAGAUGACAUUUUUGAAGAUAUUGACACUUCAAUGUAUGAUUCAGACUUCUGUUGCCCUCCCUUGAUGCCGCCCAGAUCACCGUCUCUUGCUACGGAAGAACCAUUGAAAACCUUCCCAUCUUGUAAUUCUUCCUCAGCAAACAACAUUCAGAUAUGCAGAACAGAUCUGAGCGAGUUGGACCACAUAAUGGAAAUUCUGGUUGGAUCCUGAUACUUGUUUUACCCAAAGACACUUUUAAACUGCCACUUUGAUUUGGUUUCAGGAUAAAAGCCACUGGAAUAGUUGUAAAGAAUUCUUUAAAAAGCAAACUAAAUAAUAAUUUGUCCGUAGUAGGAUUUUCUAAAUAAUUCCAAAACUUAUAAACCAAAAAAGUGGCAGAUUUUUUUUUUUUUUUUUUUUAAAGAAAAUUAUUUAUCAGAACUGUGCAAUCAUCAUUUUCCUUCCAGGGUGUAUGUGGAACAAUGGGCACACACCCUCAUCACCCCUCAUGCCUCUUUCAAUAAACUUUUUUAUGUGCAAUUUUUAAUUUGACAGAAGAAUUUACAUGCAAAGCAAAUUUCAUAUGAGGUGGUCUUUUACAAAGCCUCCACUUUAUUUUUAAUAUCAGAGUUUAUGCCAAGCUGGCAUCUGUCAAGUUGCAGAGUUAGAUUGUGUGGAUUGCAGACACAUUAGAGAGAUGGGUAUAUUUUAAAAAUGAGACACGCUUUGCUUUCUUUUGGUCAGAAAAGCAGAUCAAGACACUUACCAACAAAGUCUCUUGCAUUUUCUAAAGCAUUCAGAACUAUUUAUUUUUGUAAAUUUUAUAGUCUUUCUACAUUUUACUAUGUUAUUUCAUCAUAGUUCAAAUAUAAUGGACUUCUAGUUGGAUGUGUUUAGCACUACCUCUGAGCUGAAAUGCUUUAACUCUUUCCAGUGCUUCAUCUGAGACUGCAAAUCUUUUUGUUUCUGUUUCUUUCUGGGGGGAAAAGUACUUCUAACUCAUUAAGUUGAUCCUUUGACAGUGACCUAGCUGAUUUGUAAAAUCAAGGGUAUUCAAUGUUUAAAAACUUUUAAGUAUUUACAAAUUAAUUUAUAUGUAGAUUGUGCAAUUUAACAAUUUUCUGUCAGUAUUACGUGCUUAGAUUUUGAAUAAUCUUGGCGUUCUUUAAAUUAAAACUUACUAUGUACAGGUAGCUUUUUAUUCUCUUUUGGAAAACACUGUCCUUCAACCCUGCUUUCACUACAGAUUUUAAGAUGAUUUUUAUGUGCAAUAUUAUUUAAAAAGAUACACAUUUGUAUACCUGGCGUUGUGGGAAGAAAUGCUUCAAACUUAAAACCUCUAGCACCUUUGGAGGAUACUCAGCCAACAAUUCUGCAUCCUUUCAGAAGCCAAGCUGAGACCACUGAGACCACAGCCCCAGGAGCACCCGUGGGGCUGUGGGGAGUCAGUGCUGGUGCCUCUGUCCCUUCCCUGGGCUUUGGAACCCUGGAGCUGCUGCCCCAGGCCGUCCUGGGUGGGGCAGGGCUGUUUUUAUACAGCUACACAAACACCCUGCUCAGCUGGAGGCGAGAUUUGCAGUGAGAACUGUUUUUUCCAUCAGGCACUUUGGGUUCUGUGUUUCAGCCUGACCCGAGGUCUAGAUCGAUCCCUGCUAUCGUCUUCUGAGUUUCACACUUGCACAUUGCUUUUUUGGUUUGGGUUUUGUUAUUUUUUUUCCUCCUUUUUUAAUUAUAAAACUUGGUAUUUGAAAGCUGCAGCACCUGUCUUGGAAACUUGCAGUUGUAAAACCUUUGCUUUGGUUUGUUGUAUUUUUGGGGUUUUUGUUGUUCUGCUGAGACUUUUUUAUGAACGGAGCGUUGGCAGAGGGGAAAAAAUGUUGCCUGUGUGUUGCAUCUCAUAGAAGUUGAAAUCCUGGCCCUGUUGAAGGGGCCAGGGUCUCACCUGGUAUUUCUAGUCUUAACUGAUGCUGUGGCACUCCUACCUUGUGCAGAGAUCUCCCUUUUUUUACUGUGACUCUCUUGGUUAACAGUUAGCUGCCGACAUAGUUUGGUAUCCCAGGCCAAUGGAGAACCAUUUCAGGUCACAUCCUCGCAGCCAUCUGGGUUGUUUAGCAACCGAAGGGUAUAAAUGUAUUUAUAUGCAUAUAUUGUAUUGAUUCUAAUAUAAAACUUCUGAUCUAAAGCAUUUUGAAUUGCUGGAUAAAGGGAUUUGUUUGAAGAGUGUAUAACUAGUUCUCGAAGAGGUACAGCUUCAGAAUGUACACAGAUUGUGCAUUGUGUAUAGACUACUCUGGCUUUUCCUCAGCCUCUACUUUUGUAUUAAAAAUAUGACUGAAUAAAUCCUUGAAAUAUUACGGGCCUUCUGCACUGUGAUGAAACAGAGAUGCGGUUAAAAUGUCUUUAAAUUCAGUGAUGAGGGAUGAAAUAAAAAGACUGUAUCUAAUCUCUUUUUGCAUUGAAAGUAUGGAAUGUUACUAUGCAGUAAAGAUAUUUUGGUAUGAAAAUUGUAUCAUAUAGCAAAUAGUGAACACUUAAUAAAUCCACUUACCUUGCAGUCUCUACAGAAACAGAAGAGAAGACAACUUGCUUUUCGACAUUUCUGUAGUAAAGUUUUUUGUAUACUGCAGCAAAAGAUUUAACUGUUGGUAGCUCUUUUAUCAACAAUUCAAAAUGCAAUUUUUGUACAAGUCCUGGCUACAGAGCUCUGUUUCUAAUUGGUUGCUUGUGUCACAGUGCCAAGACCAUGAGCUGGUGUGUAAUGCAGUUCGGUUAUGUUUGGAAUUAUGUGCAAAGGGAAGUUUAAUUUUUAAAUAUGCACAAACUAAUUUUAAAAUCCUUCCAUGUAAAAUGAAGUUAGAGGCUAGUUGUGGUGGACCUAUUUAUUGUAUGUUUGGAAAUAAAAGCCACAGUUUUGCAUUUA